GGUCCACACCAUCGAUCACGGUGAGGAUUCAACACUACACAUUUAAAGUUACGAUAACGCAGACGUAGUGGUCGUCACCAUAGUCAUUUUAAGUGAUAAUAUACAAUAUGGAUACUACUAAAUCGACCAGGAAUGUAUACAGCAUUGACCAAAUUCUUGGAACUACUCAUCCAUCUAAGAACGGAAAUACGAGUGUUCAUUGCCAAUCGAAAUUGGAAGCAUUAUAUGCUGCUAGUGGUACCGACCCAUCCCUUCAUCGGUCCGACGAACACGAUGACGAUAAACCACGAAAAGUUCGCCGUAGUAGAACAACAUUUACCACAUAUCAAUUACAUCAAUUAGAAAGAGCUUUCGAGAAAACUCAAUAUCCUGAUGUAUUUACCAGAGAAGAACUCGCCUUACGAUUGGAUCUCAGUGAAGCCAGAGUGCAGGUAUGGUUUCAAAACCGUAGAGCUAAGUGGAGAAAACGAGAAAAAUCAAUGGGCAGAGAAUCCAAUCCAUACAUACCUGACCACACAUUGUUCAGAAACGAUUGUUUGCCGGUGGCACCCUCGUUAGGAGGUCCACUGCCGUUCCUCACGCCCGAACAGUUCUGGCCGAGCAUCGUGUUCAAUCCGGCGGCCGCGUCCGCGUUCCUUCUCGGCUUGCCAUGGCACCACCAUCACGCCGCCCAGCCGUCGGCCACYGCGGCGGCCGCGUCAUACCAGUCGUCGGUGCACAAGGCGCUGUCCGAGCGGAUCAUCACCGCCAACCAGUGGCCGGCUGCCGCGCUUCAGACUUCGUCUUCCGAACCGCACAGCCCGUCGUCCGCGGGAUCGUCUAGUCCUGCGGCGCUGUCACCGCUCCACGAGCCGUCGGUGGACGCGGCCACGAUCGCCGCCGCAGCCGAAAGCCGAUCGCCCUACCGGAACGUUGAAGACGACGAGGAUGACGACGACAACGACGAAUCAAGCAGGUGUUCGGCAUCCGUUUUGAUGGGAAACGUUUCCUGUUAAUGUGUACGGCCACAGUGGUAUAUUAUACACACACAUAUAAUAUAUAUCACAUACAAAUAUAGCAACCAUGCAAUGGCUUUAUAUAGUUAUUAUUUAGCUUCGAGCCACCCCCUUACCAUAUAUACCCAAUAAUUAUUAUUAUUGACCAUCGUCCCCCCAACUUAAGGUAUUAUUGUUUUUGUAUACAAAGUGUUUUUUCAUUCAGACCUAAUAAGAUUUAUGUAUAAUAUGUACAAUUAUUGAUUAGAGUUUAAAUAAAAGAAAA